AUGUCUGUUUCAAGGAUAACUAACUCAUGGCUGAGAUUUUUGAGGUCAGAGUUCGAGCCGCUUAUACAGAUACCACCUGAUGAUGUUUUGAAAUUUCAUAUGCCGAAAGUCUUCAAAGAAAUCUGUCCUGACACUGUUGUCAUUGUAGACUGCACUGAGUUCCAGAUGGAAAAGCCAUCGUCACUCGAUGCCCAAUCUGCCUGCUAUUCAUCCUAUAAGAGCAGUAACACAAUGAAAGCUUUAUUAGGAAUCACACCAAGUGGAGUUGUCUGUUUUGUUAGUGAACUAUUUCCAGGAAGUACUUCUGAUCUAGAAAUAACAAUGCAAAGUGGCUUUCUUGGCAAACUUAAAAGAGGUGACGAGGUAAUGGCUGAUAAGGGGUUUAAUUGUCAAGAUGAGUUAGCAUCAGUUGGAGUUGUGCUAGUUAAACCUAAUUUUCUAAAAGACAAAAAGCAAUUUUCUACCAAAGAAACAGAACAUAAUAAAACAAUUGCAAGUCUCCGUGUCCACGUGGAAAGGUUAAUGGGACGUAUUAAAAACUGGCAUAUUUUUUAUUGUAAAAUUCCUAUUUCAAUGUCACCUGUUGCCUCUGAUAUAUUAAUUGUGGUGGCUGCUCUAUCAAAUUUUCUUCCUCCCUUAAUAGACUAA